CUCUGUCGUAACAUCAUGGUCAAGCAACGAGAUUUCAUUCAUUAUGACAGACCUCAUCCGCGACACUGUCUUCGGACACUUCGUACGCUUGAUACCUGGCAUCAAACUGCUCAGAUAUCCAGAUGAGUUGAACCCUUCUCUGGGCAGACAAGCAAUUGAAGAAGAAGGAAGCGAUGAGACAGAAAAAAUUUCCAAUGGUGAGGAGGUGAAGAGCGUUCACCUUGUGGCGUGGUAUGGAUCCGACGAUCCUGAGAGUCCCCAAAACUGGUCAAGCAAUACGAAAUUACUUGUCACAGCACAAAUCUGCGUCCUCAACUUUUCGGUCUAUGUCGGUAGUGCUAUCUAUACACCGGGUGAGGAAAGCAUCAUGAAAGAUUUCGGGGUUAGCACAACAACGGCAACACUAGGACUUUCUCUAUUUGUUCUCGGCUACGGUCUCGGUCCAAUGCUCUUCUCUCCCAUGUCCGAAAUGCCUCAAAUCGGUCGAAGCGGAAUAUAUUUCUGGACACUUUUCAUGUUUGUCAUACUUCAGCUCCCAGUCGGCUUUGCGCCCAAUAUAUCCGUAUUCCUAGCAUUCCGAUUCUUCACAGGCUUCUUCGGCGGACCUGUGUUAGCAACAGGUGGAGCUACCAUCGCGGAUAUGUAUCCACCUACUAUGAUUUCAUACGGGAUUUGUAUCUGGGGAGCAUUCGGUAUUCUGGGACCAGUGCUUGGACCACUCGUCGGUGGCUUCGCUGCACAGGCAAAAGGUUGGAAAUGGACGAUUUGGGAGUUGACUUGGCUGUGCUCGGUGGUACUCGUCGUGCUGUUCUUCCUCAUGCCUGAGACGAAUCCGGACAAUAUACUAUACAGAAGGGCUCGAAGACUACGAAAAGCAACAGGAGACAAGAGAUUGAAGAGCCAGUCUGAGAUCGAUGCAGCAGAACAUACAUGGCGUGACCACUUGAUCGGGCUUGGAAAGGCAUUUACCCUGACGUUCUUCGAGCCAGUCGUGUUCUUCGUCGGCUUGUAUACUGCUCUCCUCUACGGCGUGCUCUACAUUUGGUUCGAGUCUUUCCCACUUGUUUUUGGCAAUAUCUACGGCUUCAACACCGGGGAGCAAGGGUUGGCAUUUCUCGGCAUCUUCGUUGGUGGCGUUCUCACACUGCCCUGCUAUCUGCUCUGGAUCAAGUACUCGUUCGUUCCUGAAUUCAGCAAGCCGGUUUUUGUACCAGAGAAGAUCCUUCCACCAGCCUUCUUCGGUGCCUUCGCUCUUCCGAUAUGCUUGUUUAUGUAUGGUUGGACUGCGAGAGAGAGCGUUCACUGGAUUGUACCGAUCAUAGGCUCCGGCAUUUUCACAAUUGCUAUCAUCUGCCUCUUCAACCCGGUACUGAACUAUCUCGGCAUGGCAUACCCAACAUAUGCAGCUUCAGUAUAUGCUGGAAACACACUUUUCAGAGCUUCUUUUGGUGUUAUCUUUCCUCUAUUUGCACGAGCUUUGUUCCAUAAGCUUGGUAUCGCAGGUGGCAAUUCUCUUCUUGGAGGAUUGUCAAUACUUUUCAUCCCGAUUCCAUUCGUUCUAUACAAAUAUGGGAAACCAAUUCGUCAUGCGAGCAAGAAUGCAAGACACGACAUCUGA